AGCAAUAAGAUUUUUCGAACAAUGAUUCGAGCUUGAAUGGUUUUCGCCUUUGAAAAUCUCUUGACGAACGAUACGGGAAUAUUUUGUCUUUUUUUCAUCUUGUUUAAAGAAUCGUGGAAUGGUUUUUCUCAACUUGGUGAUCCUGUGCUUCGUUUGAAUAGUUGUCAGUGAAGGCAGCAGCAGCCAACUAAAAUUUGUUGGGAUUUUACGAGAAUUGAAGAUAAUUGGUGUUUUUUUGGCGGAAUCUGAUGGCCGCGAUUGCGGCUUCUAGGUGGAUGGGGCAAUUGGGAGCCCAUUCAGUGGCCUUAAAUGGAUUAGGAAAACUUGUGAAUUCGAAAGCACCAUUUUCAUUUGAAGGAGCAGCUUCAUCGGCUUUUGCUGCGUUUUCCAGGCGAAAUUCUCAGCUGGUAAAAUCUAGCGGAAAGCGGUUAUUUCUUAUUGACACGUUAGCCAUUGUUAGAAAAUUAGAAGGCCAAGGUGUACCCUCAAAGCAAGCUGAAGCGAUAACUGCUGCUAUAACUGAAGUCUUGAAUGACAGUCUUGAAAAUGCAUCACAAUCAUUUGUAUCUAAAGAAGAAAUGCAGAAAAAUGAACUGACUCAAGAAGCCAAGCUAUCCAAAUUCAAAUCUGAAGUGCAGAGCUCUCAGGGCAACCAUUUUUCUCUGCUGCAACAUGAGACUGAAAAACUUCGAAAUGAUAUAGAGAAGAUGCGCAGUGAAUUAAGAUAUGAGAUAGAUAAAGUCACUGCUGGGCAGAGGUUGGAUUUGAACCUUGAGAAGGGGAGAAUUAGGGAGGAACUGUCCAAUCAGAGUGCAGAAACUUCGAACCUGACCAACAAACUUGACAGAGAGAUUCAUGCCUUGAGAGCACAACUGGAAGCAGCGAAAUAUGAUGUGAUAAAAUACUGCAUAGGGACUCUUGUUUCAAUAUCUGCGGUUGGCCUCGCUGUUGUCCGCAUCUUGAUGUGAACAAGAUU